UGCACAUCAUAUUGUCUUGCUGGUCAGUUGGUGGGGAGGACCAAACUGUAACUUUAGCUGUGGUGAAAGCGAUGUUUUUUUUUGGGAUACGUCACUAUUCGUCAAAGCUGGAUUGUGGAUCUCGUGCUCAUUUAAAAGAUGGAUUUAGACGUGUGUGCAGGCGGGAACAGUACCAAGGGAAAAGCUGAUUCGGCUCAUGCUGGUGAAGGAGGCGCUAUGGCGACCGUGCCUCUGGAGCUCUAUGACUCCGCUAGAGCGAAAAUAGAUGCAAAUCUCCGCUGGCUGUUAGCCAAAGCUUACGGUAUAGACCACAUCCCAGAAGAUCUAUGUGACCCCUUCUACACGGACCAGUAUGAGCAGGAGCACAUCAAGCCGCCCGUCAUCAGACUGCUGCUGUCCGGGGAGCUGUACUGCCGUGUCUGCGGCCUCAUCCUGAAGGGCGAGCAGGCCUCAGCGCUCCAGUCCCACCUGUCCGUCAUCCAGGCCCUCUCCCGGAAAGGCAUCUACGUCCUGGAGAGCGACAACAACCCAGUCUCUGACGGUGACCUGGACUGUAGCCCCAUCAAGAUGAGUUCCCACAUACCAUUAAUUGAUUCCCUGAUGAUGGCCUACACAGUGGAGAUGAUCAGCAUAGAGCAGGUGGUAGGCUGCGUCAAACGCUUCUCCACCUUCAGCGCCGCCAAGGAGCUGCCCUUUGACCUGGAGGACGCCAUGGUCUUCUGGAUCAACAAGGUGAAUAUGAAGAUGAAGGAGAUCACAGAGAAAGAGACCAAAAUCAAGCAGCAUCUGCUAGAGUCCCCCAGCCACCAAAAGGUGCGAUACCGUAGAGACAACCUCUCUGGCCGGCAGCUCCAGCACUUCCCCAUGCUGGAUGACCUCAUGAAGGACAUGUGUGAUGGCGCCGCUCUGCUGUCAGUGGUGCACUUCUACUGCCCCGAAUGUAUGAGGCUAGAGGAUAUUUGCCUGAAAGUGGUGUCCUCCAUAGCAGACAGCCUGUACAACAUCCAGCUCUUGAGGGAGUUUUGUAAUGAGUACCUGAACCGAAACUUCCACCUGCGUCCAGAAGAUGUGCUGUAUGCUCCCCCAGUGCUGAAGCACAAUAUCAUGGUGUUCAUCGCAGAGCUAUUCUGGUGGUUUGAGAUCCUCAAGCCCGACUUUGUCCAGCCCCGGGAUGUGCAAGAAGUCAAAGACGUGAGGUCACUGCUGCAGCCCAAGGAUUCCCGCCCCCAUGUCUCCAUCUCCAAUGCUACCAAACGCAGCUUCCUGGCCACACCUGGCUCUCCUGACAUCGUAACAACGUCCCAAAGCCCAGAUAUCUAUAACAGUACCAAAGUCAGUCCUGCAUCUAGCUCCUCACACGUAUUACUCCCCCUGAGACAGAGGCAACAGAAGUCCAUACAGAAGAAUGACGCCUCAGGGCAGAGAAACAGAUCCAACUCUCUGUCACGUGUGGACAGUCAAGUUCAGGGGUCAAGCUUGGCCUGGCCAGAGAGGAGACAGAGACCCCUUUCCCAGCCGGUGCCCUACGCUCUCCACUUCCCCCUGGAGAGAGAGUGCGAUGGCCUGAGCCUGGCCCACUCCAUCAGCAAGGACAGCCUGGGAACCAACAUCAUCAGAAUCACACCCAAACACAUGCCUGGUGGGCCGGGGAUAGGUGUACAACUGCCCCCCCACAGGCUCAACGGUCAGGACAUGAUGGGCCACAUCCGCUUCAAGGACAAGGAGAUGGAGGAAGAAGAGCUGGUGGCCAUCAUCCACCCGGCGGCCCUGGCCAGUGCUACAGCCCCCGUGCCUCCCCCGAGAGUGACGAAAUGGAAGGACGACCUGGAGGUCCAGAGUGAGGUGACCUCCAGAGUGUCCAGUGCUCGUCACGCCUACUGCCUCACUGCCCCUCACCCUGACCCCCAGGCUGAGAGUUUCUACCUGGAGCCCCUGAUGCCAGCCGUUUUUAAGACAGCCAAAGAGAAGAGCAUCAGCCUGAACAAGGAAGAGGAAAGCGGGGAGAGUACAAGCAAAGCGGUCCUUAAGAGAACCACUGAGGGUCUUAAUUGCACGUUCACCCCCAUCCCCAAUGUGGAGGCCACCUUUGGUCACUUCAGACCACCCACGAAGGGGGGUACGGGUUCUUCUCAGCUCCCUCUGAUGGGGGCAGCAGAGCCCAUCACCAAGGAUCAGUCUUGUGGCUUCUUCCUCCACCUGCCAGCGGAGCCCGGGGACCAGACGACGACCUUCUUGGGGCUGGCACCGAGCUACAGCCCCUUCCCCACCGCCAUUACUACAGCUUGUGUGGGCCGGGACUCAUACUCUGAGAUUGCAAACCUGGAAGAGGAGGAGGAGGAUGAUCAGAUGGAGCUGGCCAAGGAAGUGGUGAGGAGGGUCAUGGGGAAGUGCCUGGGAGAGGGAGGGGAGAGCAAAGGGGAACCGGAGGGGGGCGAGGGCGAGUCGGCCAAGCUCCGGGAGGACAUGAAGGUGUGCGAGCGCGAGGACAAGGAAGGCCUGGAAACCUGGAGCGGACCAUCCAGCCCUUGCCUUAGCACGGCGUCCUGGGCCAGCAGUGUGUGCAACAGCGGCACCAUGCGAAUGACCAGCUUUGCAGAGCGCAAGCUCCACCGAAAGGUCAACAGCUUUCCCGACGACUGUUCCAAAAACAGCAGCUCCCAAAAGACCACACCCGAUGGCUCGGAGAGCGCCCCCUACACUCUAGGAGGCUUGUGGUGCCUGCAGGCUCCUAGCCCAUGUCGGCUGGCUAAAGACGGCGCUUUGCGGGUCAGAAAGGAGGUUGGCACCACCAACGUCCUGGCCUCAGAGGUGGUGCAGCUCCACAUGCAGCUGGAGGAGCAGCGGCGGUCCAUAGAGCACCAAAAGAAGAAGAUGGAGACCAUAUCGGCGUGCCAGCGACUCAAGCUGGGCAAGGCUGCCUUCCUCAACAUUGUCAAGAAGGGGGGUGGCAAGAACAACACGCUGCCCCAGCCCCUCAAACACCUGGAGACCCAAUAUCAGACGGCCGGCAAGGACAAGGCUUGCAGGGACGAUUCGUGUUUGGAUGUCCUGAAGGGUCAGAGGAAGGAAGGACAGCAGCAGAGGGAAAGGGACAACAGAACAAACAGUGGCGGUGCAGGGCCGCCGGACGAGGCGGGGGUCGAGCCAGACCUGAGCGAGUGUAGCCGCUCCAUAGAGUUGCUGAAUGAAGCCAUCAGUGCCAUUCAGCAGCAGAUGAUGCAGCUGUCUCUACAGCAGGACCGUCUGAUAAAGCAGAGCGUCCAGUCACCCCUAGGGGUCCCGCAUGCCGCCUCCCUUCUAUCCCUGCCAUCAGCCCCUACACCCACCCAAGACACCUCUUCAAUUCCUUCCUCAGACUCCACCGUUACCCCCACCACUCACUCAGACUCCACCGCUACCCCCACCGACUCCAAAUUCCGCCCGGCCGUGCGUUUCAUGGAGACCAUCACCACCGCUCCACCCACCCGCCGCCCUCCCAAACUGAGCUCCGGAUGCAGCCCCAGGACCAAACCCUCAGAACUCAAACUGACCAAGGAGAAUGGCAGGCCGGCUUCCAAGACCGGCACCCCUGCAUCCAACACAGACCCUAGGCGCUCCCCGGGGUGGCACACCACCUCCCAAGGGGAGCAGGAUAGGGACCGGAGUCAGAACAGCAGCCCCACCUGCGUGAUAUUCACAGAGAGCCCAAGGGCCUUGGAGAGAGGCACACUCCGUAGCACCACCUUCAAGAUCAGAGAUGAGGCCAACCAGCGCAGCCACAGAGACGGGCCCACCCUUAACCCUAAGGAUUCAACCCCCUAUGGCACCCCUCUCACACCCCACUGUGUGGACGUGGCUGAGGGGCGGGAUCGUAGCGGCUCAGGGAAGGAGUUCGAGGAGGGAGGUCGAGGGAAAGGCCAGCUGAUCGAGGUAGACCUGUCUGACCUGAAGGAACCAUCGGAGGGGAAAGACUCCAAUAUAGGGGACACCUCGGCAGACGGAGAACAGAAGUCAGGGCUGGGUUUCUUCUUCAAGGACGAUGAGAAGAUGGCAGAGGAUGAGAGGGCAAAGCGUCGCGCUCACUUUCUCCUCAAACAGCAGCGGAAGAUGGAGGAGGCACGGCUCCGCAAACUGCAGACGGAGGCUGAGAGCGAACAGAAACGAGACGAAGCCAGGCGUAAGGCAGAAGAGGACCGUGUGAGGAAGGAGGAGGAGAAGGUGCGGAGGGAGCUGAUCAAGCAGGAGUACCUGAGGAGGAAGCAGCAGGAGCUGAUAGAGGAGCAGGGUUUGGUUAAGCCCAGGUGUAAAGCCAGGAAGACCCGGCCUAAGUCCCUGCAUCGUGGAGAGUCCUGCUCUGACACAGACUUCUCCAAGGGAUCCUCCACACGUUAUUCUCUGAGAGCAUCCAUGUUGAUGAGAGCCCAGGGAUCAGCAGCAGGCAGUAGGGGAGAGGACAUUCUCCACUGUUUCCAAUCAGGCUCCACUCUCUCCUUGGCCACCGAGACAGAGAGUGUCACUUUUGGAGGAGCCAAACCACAGAGGCGUGGGUCGGUGGAGUCGUUCCCUCUUCUAAGCAUGAACUCCAGUAGGAACAUGGAGAGAGACUGGGAGAACGGCUCUACAGCCUCCUCCAUCACAUCUACAGUAGAGUACAAUGGUCCCAAGCUGUUUAAGGAGUGUGUUUCCAAGUCCAACAAGCCGAUAAUCCACAAUGCCAUCACCCACUGCUGCCUGGCUGGCAAGGUCAACGAAGCCCAGAAGAACACCAUCCUAGAGGAGCUGGAGAGGUGUGAGGCCAACCACCUGAUGAUUCUGUUCAGGGACGGUAGCUGCCAGUUCCGAGCCAUCUACUCCUUCUCCCCCGACACAGAGGAGAUUGUCAAGUUCACCGGCAUGGGGCCACGCAGCAUCAGCCGCAAGAUGAUCGACAAGCUCUAUAAGUAUAGCUCCGACCGCAAGCAGUUCAACUGCAUCCCCGCCAAGACCGUGUCAGUCAGCGUGGAUGCCCUGACCAUACACAACCACCUGUGGCAGAUCAAGAGGCCCAGUGUCACUUCUAGGAAGAAUUGAGGAAGGGAAGAAGAGGAGGACAAGAAGGCACACCAUAGGCAUUCAUUCUACGAUUGGGCAGGACCCAGUAGUCUCGGAUAUGACCAUUCUGUGGGUUUGGCCUGUUGAUGACGGGGGAUUGGUCUAUUGCUGUGUGUGUAUAGCCUUCGGAUUGGUGUAAAUGGCGGUCUCCGUGGAGAUGGACCUGAGAAUUUUAAUGAACACCUUCCAACUAACCAAAUUAGUUUUUUAAAUAUUAGGAAUGUUUUUGAUUUUUCUCAAGGCAGUUUUCUGCAUGUGGCACUUUUUAUGUUUGAAGUAUUAGGUUUUAUGCUAACUAAGGAAUAGCCUAUAGUUUAGCACUGAACACACUUCUUCUAUACAGUACUUUACCCUUAUGUAGUGGAUCAAAAAGACAAAACAAAGUAAUACUGAAAAUACAGACUACUGAAAUUAGUGCAAAUAGAGGCAGCACUGAAAGUACAGACGCUACAAACUUAUAAUAAUAGAAACCACAGGCAUUGUCAAAAUUGUUUGAAAGUGUUUGUUCUAGUCGGGCAAAAUCCUGCAGCUGUUACCCCUCUGAUAUCCUUCAAAAGGCUAUUUAUUCAAUAAUACUAGUAUGGGCUUUUAAGUUAUUUUACCAUGAAUAAACUUUACUUAAUAUUUUUGAGAAUUAUGAGAAAGAUAUGGUCAAGUCUUGUUUUUGUGUGUGUUUUUGCAGAUGUUUGUGAAAAAGGGGGUUGGGAAUGCGUGGUUGUGUGUCUCUCUGAAUGUGUUUACUCGUUUAAAUUAUGUUUUUGUCCCAGGAGAAGGGAGGCUCAUCAUUUCCUCAGUGUUAUUGUUAGUGUUGAGGUGGUGAUUAGUAUUUACUCGGUUCCAGUCUAUUGCACUCUAUCUACAGUAUGUUACAGCAGAAUACUGGCCCACGAUCAAUGGUACUCAUGAAGAUCCAAAUCCACUGAAUGCUCAGCUCACUCUUACCAGCAGAGAGACACCAAGGUCUUCUGCUCCUUUUCACUAACACACUGGAACCUGAUCUGAAGUAACUGACUAGGUUUAGGAUUUUUUUCUGGCAAUGUGAUCUGGCCAGGACAACAAAAACAACUAUUGUCCCUACUUGCAGCCUAUAACAUGAGCCAGGAUUUUUCCCUAGUCACAUGGUCGGGGAAAAGUCCUGGCCCCAUUCAUGACCUAAACCUGCUGUCUGUGAGCACUAAGAGCAGCUCUACCAUGACUGACUAUGCCUCAAGUUCAUUCAAUUCAAGGAAAACUGGACAAUACUUGAUAUUAUUUGCUGCAUUUUGUACAUGUGAGUAGUGGUUUUGUAUAUACAUAUAGUGGUUUAGUAAACAUAUAUCCUUAUGUUUACUAAAAGUUGGCGCAAUUGAAUUUUUCAUUACUGGCUUUAAAGAUUCUAUUUGUUUCUUUAAAAUAUUCUACUAUAUAUUUAUUUUGAAAAACACUAGUGUAAUAAAUAAUACUGGUAAACUAACUAUGGUUCCUUUGCUUUGUUGCCCAUGAUUUCAUUUAAUUCAUGAAAAUGUAUUUGUAUUGUGGGUUUUUUCAGCUGUUGAUCAUAAU